CCAUUUUAUUGCAGUUUAUUGAGAGUACCAAAGAAGAAAGGACACUUUUUUGGGCGAUUUUCAUUCAUUUCAAUUUUUCCAUCAGUCAUAGACUUAAAAAUAGUUUCUUUCGUUGUGCAUCUGUUCGCCUUCAUAUAAAUCGCCUGGUCUUCGUCUACGCAAUCAGUGAAUGGUCCAUCGAUAGUUUGCCUUUCAUUCAGUAAAUUGUGGUGCAAAAAUAUUGGUGUUCUGAAAUGUUUUGCAUUCCGAGAUAGUGUGUACACAAAUACCAGCCGAAUAAUUUAUUGUUUAUGAAUGAAACAGCAACGUAGUCUCAUGCUCAAUGGGUGUUCGCUUUCAAUAAACAAAAUACGUUUUGCAACUCGAUUCGAAUGUUAUGGAAAAGAUUAGUGCGAUGCGAUAAAAACAGCGAACUGUGUCGGUAGAUGUGCGGAUACAAAAGGUGGACAUUGUUGUCAUUAAAUACGAUUUAUGAUGUCGGCUCGUCGGAAUUGCACUUUGGUAGUGAUUUUAUGUUGCUUGCAUGGAAUUACCAUGGGCAUAGUUAAUGAUAGUUAUAGUAAAGAAAGUAGUGAAACCAUUGAAAUUGCUCCCAUUCCACCUAACUUAUUUACGGAUAUUUCUGCUGGUAAAAAUGACCUGUCGACCGAGAUAAGCCUUCGGAUCAAUGACGAACAUGACAAAGACAUUCUUAAUGGGACGAUCUCGUCUGAUGCUCGGAGUGAAACGAAGCCGGUGCAAACCACCAACAAACAUCACGUGAAGCGAACGAAUGUCAAAUCGCAAAGCGAACAGGACGACGAGAAACCUCAACUUGGCGUUUGUCAAACAUAUACGGGGUCUACCUGUGAUAUGUACCUCCGAAAUCAAACGGUUUUCAUUCCGCCACACAUUACAAUCGACAUUCUUGAAGAACGUCUGAAGGCAGCUUACGGCGUGAUCAAGGAAUCGAAAGACAUGAAUCCGAAUUGUCGAGGAUACGCUCUACCCAGUCUGUGUUACAGUAUUUUACCGAUAUGUCGAACGCCGGAGAAAACCAACCAUCAGUACUUCGCGAACAAGGCCAAUGCCGAGUACGUUGCCAAGAAGUCGAAGCCAAAAUCGAAUCCCGAGAAAAAAUCACUGAGAAAGAUUCCCACCACUGCUGCGACUACGACAACAAUCGCUUCCACCACGGCAGAGGACUUCGAAAUUGAUAUGGAUUCCCAGCUCGAACCAAUUGGAACCGAACUAACUGCCGCAUCAACGGAUCAGCAUAUCAUGCCACGCAAACGGCGUUCGUUCGAUGUAACAGUCGAUGCACGCACGAAAUUUGUGAAGAACAAACAUUUUGUCGAUCUGAUGCCGGAAAAGGCGGCCUUCCGUCAAACGGAAUAUCCACCAACGCGCAGUUCCGAAAAUCUUCGUCGCAUUUGUCGCGAGGACUGUGAACUGUUGGAAAAUGAAUUGUGUCAGAAGGAGUAUGCAAUCGCAAAGAGACAUCCAACAAUUGGUCAGAAGUUGCCAUUGGAGGACUGCUACAAUUUGCCCGAGGGUGGUGACUGUUCGAAAUUGGGCAUCGUGAUCGAUGUUGACGAGAGCGAGAAGUGUUAUUGGGAGAAUGGAUCUGGUUACCGUGGCACUGUGGCAGUAUCGAAAACUGGAAAGCCUUGCUUGAAGUGGGCUCGUCUUAUGAAGGAAAUCUCAGACUAUCCGGAAUUAGCCGGCCAAAACUACUGCAGAAAUCCUGGUAGCACGGAAAAUCAGCCGUGGUGUUAUGUGGACAGCAAUCAAUCAUUGGACAAGGCCACUGAACAUUGCGACAUUCCGAAAUGCUCGGAGAAGAUGUGGCUGUACAUAAUUCUGUCGUUCGUUGGGGUGGCCAUCAUCAUCAUCAUUGUUGUGUCGAUAUGCUGCUGCAAAAAGUACAAGAAACGGGGCAUGACCAACAUUCAAAACAUCAAUUUACCGAAUGUGGACAAAAACAUUUACGGCAAUUCACGGCUCAAUUCACCGAUCGAAAUGACAUCGCUUCUACCGAAUCAGAGCAAUAUUCCGGGCAUUCAACAAUCGUCCGGACGUAACACCGCACUUCGUGUCACCCAAUACACUCUCGGUGACGUGAAAUUCGUCGAAGAGCUUGGCGAAGGAGCAUUCGGUAAAGUCUACAAAGGCGAACUGACGCAAACGAAUGGAGAAAAGAUCUUUGUGGCUGUUAAGGCGCUCAAAGAAAAUGCUUCGGCCAAAACGCAAGCGGAUUUCAAGCGAGAAAUCGAACUGAUUUCCGAUCUGAAGCAUGCGAAUAUCGUAUGCAUUUUGGGUGUUGUGCUGAAGGAAGAACCGUUGUGCAUGCUGUUCGAGUACAUGACACAGGGCGAUCUUCACGAAUUUCUCAUAGCCAAUUCGCCGAACGAAGGGAAAUCGUUGAGCCAGCUGCAAUUUUUACAGAUCGCAAUGCAGAUAUCGGAAGGAAUGGAAUAUUUGUCCAGUCAUCACUACGUUCAUCGCGAUUUGGCUGCACGGAAUUGUCUGGUCGGUGACUCGUUGACCGUUAAAAUAUCGGACUUCGGUUUGUCGAGGGAUAUCUACAGCUCCGACUAUUACAGAGUACAGUCAAAGUCACUGCUGCCAGUUCGUUGGAUGCCCUCGGAGUCCAUCUUGUAUGGCAAAUUUACCACAGAGAGCGACAUCUGGUCGUUUGGAGUCGUGCUCUUCGAAAUCUACAGCUAUGGCCUUCAGCCCUACUACGGGUACUCAAAUCAGGAAGUGAUUAGCAUGGUUCGAGCUCGUCAAUUGUUGCCAUGUCCUGAAGUCUGUCCGAGUGCUGUGUACUCGCUAAUGGUUGAAUGUUGGCACGAACAAGCGGUACGACGUCCAUCGUUCCCGGAAAUCGGUCACAGACUCAAGAUUUGGUAUCAAGCACAGAAACGAAGUGAUCAAAGCGAAAUCUCGUCAAAUUGUCCCAGUCGCAAAGGAUCAACAUUCAGUGUGGUAAAUCGACAGUCGAAUUCCAUAACACCGUCUACCUCCAGCCACCAUAUAACGGUUUCUAGUCGAGAACGCGACAUGGAUGGAUCGACCGGAAAUGGUGCUAAAGAUGUUGACAAACCUUUCGGCGCAAAUCACUCGCUAGACCGUGGCCACAGCCAUUCCCACUCGCAUUCGCAUCACCAUCAUCAUCAUCACCAUUCGUUGGAUCGGGACGGUGCCAAUUUCACGAAUCUUUCGUGCAGUGCUAGCACUAGAGGACAACUCUGCAAUACGCCUCCGUCCAGUAGUGUGGUUGCCAAGUCCCGUUCGAGCACCAGCAACAGCAGUCUGACCACGAGCAAUCACAUGCAUUCAUCGGAAGAGCAACUGAGCCAGCAUCGAAAGAGUAACAUUGAUGCAAGCGGCAGUGAAUGGAACGAAACGAUGCCGGUGACAGGUUGUUCACGAGGCGGAAGCGAUCGUAGCCGACCGAUGAUGAAACCACCGAAAGAUCCCAAAUCAACGAACCAUCAUCAUCACAGCCGACACAAACUGAACGACGACCAUCAGCACCAGCAUCAUCACCAGCACCAGCAUCGGAAAAAAUCGGUCGGAUCUGUGGGUGAUCCAGAUGGCGGUAGUCUUGGUGGCAUGAGAAAGAUAUCGGCAGCUGGUAGUGUUUCGAGUGUGUUGAGCGAAAAUUCAAUGGCAUCGUACUCGAAAAGUAGGACAAACAGCAACGAUUUCUCACAUAAACUGCCGGCUAAUUAAUUGACCCAAAACACGAUUUCACGCGGUGGACAGUGUUUGUGCACCAAGAAUUGGCUAGGUGGCAGCAUUUACAGUAGUUUCGCUCCUUCUUUUGUCAUUUUUGUUCUUUGUGUCUGUGAAUGUUCUCCGCAUCGGAGUUUCUAACGUAGAUGUUCCGCGAGCGUGUAAAUAUAAAUUGUGAAGCACUUCGGUUUGACCUCACUUCGGUAGGAGCGUUUUUGUGCAGCGCAUCCAAUGUACUAAGGCGGAUGUGUAAGCACAGCAAUAGGGUAAGACACAGAUCCAUGCAAACUGUUUAAUCCGUCUUCCACUCAUGAGUCGAACCGUUCGGUUGAAUGGAUCCUCGCGAACAGAUUGUAGUCCCAUGCACAUUUCACAUGCUGCCAUCCAGCUUUGUAAAUGACUUAUGCUAAUUUGAUCUCAUUUUAUUCUAGCCGUAAAUUAUUGUUAACAAAAUCGAGCGUCGCAACAUAGUUGAUUUCGGGUGUGUCCGUCUGUGUGGGAGAAAAUUGUUUAAAAGAAAAACAAAUCUUCUAAAGAGAGAUGUUCAGACGACAGACGUAGGAUAUGAAAUUUUGAGUAUAAGCCGGAGAAAGACUGGGUGUUUCCAUAGGAAAUCCCAACUAAAAUUUCUUCCGUAGUUUUCGUCUCCAUUUUCCGUAAGUUGCCUAAAAGGCCGUAGCGUCUUAACUACGAUUUUUGAGAUUAAAAGCCAACGAUUUCAUUUUUUACACUUGGAAUUAGAGCAGGAACCAUUUCAAAAACUCAUCAGUUCUGUUCGGCUUAACCUUGACGGCAUUUCUGGAUUGAAAUCAUCUAAUUUUCAUGAAGUUUCCUAUACAAAUCCUGGGGAAAAAAACUCGACCCAUGGAUCAACUCUAAAAAGAAGAUAAGACGAUAAGACUGCGAAAGGUAUUGCAAGCUCGACAUUCUUUUGAUGUUGCAAUUAGUCGUAAACAAUUUUCUGCAAUUUUUAAUGAAAUUUUAUUGAUAUGGAAACCGGAAAAAGGUUUUUCGUUUAUUUAAAUGUAAGAAUUUUUUUUGUACCAAAAAAUGUAGCAAGAAGAGAGAAGAGGAGAGAACUUUGUUAUUGAACAAAUUGAAAACAUCAUUUUUAACCAAAAAGGAAAAAAAAAGUAUUUUUAAGUUAUUCGGUUGUACAAUGUACAUUAAUAUUUACUUAGUGACUGUAAGAAAAGGUAUUAAAAAAUGGAAAACUUGUGUGAACCGCAUUUAUAUAAUGAUAAUAACAAUAACAACAACAAAAAUUUAUACAGCAAAUAAACCAAACAAAACCAAAA